AACCUACCAGUCCUCUCCUCUCGGCUACCAAAAAGCUAGGAAAGUGGAGUUGUGUUAAAAAAAAACUUGAAAAGGGAGCAUUCAAAGAAUGAAGACACUGUAGAAGAGGCCCGCCUCGCCUUACUUAAACAACACUUCAACUACUCCCCUUUCUCUUGAAGAUUACAGAGAAGGCCCAACCUCUCUUCUCCGAUGGCUGUGCCUGUGCGGGGUUCCCUUAUGUUGAUGCUUCUUCUGGUCUUAAUUUCUGUGAGCGCUGGAGGGAGAUGGGUAGUAGCCCAAGUUCACCAUGUGGUUGGAGACGAUCGUGGGUGGGAUUCAUCUUCCGAUAUCGGAGCUUGGUCGUCCGGUAGGAUUUUCAGGGUCGGCGAUAAUCUCUGGUUUGCGUAUUCAAUCGCGCAGGAAAGCAUUGUGGAGUUGAGAAGCAAAGAGGAGUUGGAAUCGUGCGACGUGAGUAAUCCCAUCAGAAUGUACACCAAUGGGUUAGACAGCGUCAGCCUCGACGUAGAAGGCACCCGCUACUUCACCAGCGGAAGGCCCGAGAACUGCAAGCAGGGUCUCAAGUUAAAUGUGGAGGUUCUGCCCCAGCAAAACACAGAGAACCAGCAGCAGCCCAUGAUCAUCUCCACAGUUGUCGAGGCCACUGGACCCACCCCAUCUGCUGCUGCUUCCAUAUAUCUACCACGAGGAGCUCCCUCUGCUUUGUGGGUUGGGUUCGUCUUGCCUUUCUUCUUCUUGGGUUUAUACAACUAACUAAUUCUGAAUUCUAAUCGGGGUAGUGUUGCAUUGAAAACCUAUACUAGCUAGUUUCUUCUGAACUUCUUCAGCUUAAAUAUAUUUUUAUGUGUGUAAUGCAUCUCUAAUCAUUAAAUGCCUCGUCAAUGCUUGGGAUGCUGGCUGUAUUUAAUUUUCCUUGGAUUUUAGGUUUUAUCAGACUCUUCUUCAUCUUA